AUGAUUCAACUCCGUUACCCUUGGGUACUGCUUGCCCUCGGUCAACUCGUCUGUUCAUUCGCUGUGAUUCCGAGACACCAGCCCGACAGAUCCGAGAAUCUAGGUGUUCGAAAGGAAUGGGGUGAAAUGCUACCAAAGGAACGGAUCGGGUACACGAACGCUGUGCUAUGUUUACAAAACCUCCCGAACCAGGUGCCUACCGCAGAAUAUCCGGGCGUUCGGAGCCGCUUUGAUGACUUUGUGGCAACCCACAUCAAUUAUACCCUGCAUACCCACUACAGCGGUCUGUUCUUGCCUUGGCAUCGACGGUUCAUUUGGUUAUGGGAGAGGGCUUUGCGAGAGGAGUGUGGAUACCAGGGAUAUCUUCCAUACUGGGACUGGCCACUUUGGGCAGACAACCUUGCCGCAAGCCCACUCUUUGAUGGUAGUGAGACAUCCAUCUCGGGCGAUGGAGAAUAUAACCCAGGCGAGCAAAACAUGUCCGGCGGAGACGUCACUCUCCUCCGAGGCUCGGGGGGAGGUUGUGCCAAGAGCGGGCCCUUCAAAGACAUGAAAGUUCAUAUGGGCCCAUUUCCAGGCUCCCUGACAUCCACCACUGAGAUCCCGGCUCCACGCUUCGAAUACAACCCACGAUGUUUGAACCGUAGUCUGAACGACUUCGUCUCCAGCCGGUACACCAAUUCCACUCUCGUUUCUACCCUCAUGAAGGCCAGCAAGAUCGCAGAUUUCCAAAUGGUCCUAGACCAUUGGCCACCACGAGAAGACGGAGUUCUAGGCCUCCACGGCGGAGGCCACUUUAGCAUCGGAUCAACACUGCAAGACUUAUUCGGAUCGAGUCAAGAUCCUGCAUUCUUCCUGCAUCAUUCCCAGAUCGAUCGAUUGUGGGCGAAGUGGCAAGAUGCGGGCGCGAACCGGCGGAACGCGCUGAACGGGACAAGUACUAUCAUGAACCCGCCGGGCGCGGACCUCGUGACUUUGAAUACGAUGAUGGAGUUUGGGUAUUUGGAUUCGCCCCGACCGGUUCAUGAGGUCAUGAGUCCCUUGGCGAAUGGGUUUUCUUAUGUGUAUACUUGA